UCGUGUUCCCUUUCCCAGAGAUGAUGAUUGUACGUACUGCAAAAAAUCGGAUAAGGCCUACGUUUCUCGUUCUACUGGUGCUCUCGAUGUCGUGCGAAAGCUAAAGAAUCGCAGGCGGCAAACGUUUGUUCCCCUCUCUGUCUUUUUUUCUAUGGGAAUCUCUGCAUCAGAACGGCAAGUUGGCCGAGUUUGUAGGCUAACGUCGUCCGAAUCGGUGUCUUUGUUACCGUUUAUUUCGCGCCAUUUGAUUUCGACCCGUUCUCAGCAGUCGAACGUUGGCUCCGUCGCGAUAGCAAGCGAUGUAGCCUGCACUGAUAUCGCAGCUUGCUUUGACCUGUGCUGCCAUUUUGCCGUACGUAGGAUAUUCCCGUUGCUCGUGGUUCUAACGUCGCGGGGACGGACAGCCGGGUCAAGCUACGUUUCACAGCAACGAGAGGGCUUCCCCGUGGCUCAUGGUUCGAACAAUGGGGGAACGAACAGCCGGGCCAAGUUACGCUUCCCAAGAGACAAGUUACGAGCCAGCCAAUCUGCAGGCAGUCGCCGCGAGCCGACGCACCUGCGUGGACGUGUGGGGCGCGGUGCUCGAUGCACGGUCUCGGGCCUGCACCCCCCAUCGAGGGCGCUCUUACUUCUCAGCUCUACUGUAGCGAAGUCUUGGACGGCAGCCUCCUCCCUUACGCCCACACCGCUUUCCCCGAGGCUGAUUUUGUGCUCCAGCAUAACCAUUCGCUGGUGCACACUGCUAUGAUUGUGAAAGAGCACCUAGAAACUGGUAGUCGAACUGCACUCCUGGCCGGCCAAGGGCCCUGACAAGAACAUCUGGAAAAUAUCUGGGGGCGCAUAAGAGCAGCCAUGGUGCGACACCCGAUUGAUUCGGCGACUCUGGACGAGCUGUGGGUAGCUGUUUGCCAAGAGUGCGAGAAUCUUAGAGCAAGUAACCUUGUGAUUGCCCUGUACUCUUCGAUACCGUCUGGAAAGGCAGAAGUUGUUGCUGAGGAAGGAGAUGAGAAAAUACUAUAAAGAAAACAAGCAGCAAAUGCAAUUUACAUCUGUCGCUUCUCAAAGUGUUUCAACAUUUCUUGAAAAGUGCGCAAAAUAAAAGU